AUGGUGAAGCCAGUUAUCCCAAAGAGCGUUGUGAAGAAGCGCACGAAGAAGUUCACACGUCAUAAGUGUGAGGCCUUCCCGCAGCUUAGCAGCAGCUGGCGCAAGCCAAGGGGUGAGGACUCCCCAGUCCGCCGCCGCUACAAGGGACAGAAGGCCAUGCCCAACAAGGGUUACGGUAGCGACCGCCAGACAAAGUACAUCACCCCAUCGGGCUUCAAGAACUUUCCCAUUAACAAUGUGCAGGACCUCUACAUGCUGCUUAUGCAGAACCGUAAGUACGCUGGUGUGAUCUCUCACACUGUUGGUGCCAAGUCGCGCAAGGCUAUUGUGCGCAAGGCCCACGAGCUUGAUGUGCGCCUGAUCAACGGUAACGCCAAGCUCCGUAAGGUUCCCCAGUAG